UAAAGAAUUAACUAAAAAGAAUUUGAGAAAUUUUACUUUACCUUAUAAAUGGAAACAAACUUUACAGGACGUUGAUAUAACUGUUCCUGUUCCAAAAGGAACACGUGCAAAGGAUUUGAAAGUUGAUAUUAAAAAAAAGCAUUUAAUUGUUGGAUUGAAAGGUCAAACACCCAUUAUUGAGGGCGAAUUGUGUAAAGAAGUUAAAAUUGAUGAUUGUACCUGGACACUCGAGGAUCAAAAAGAAAUUUUCAUUCACAUAGAAAAGAGUAAUCAAAUGGAAUGGUGGAAGAAUGUUAUUACCACCCAUCCUGAGAUUGACACAACUAAAAUUCAACCUGAAAAUUCAAAUUUGAGCGAUCUGGAUGGUGAAACUCGCGCAAUGGUGGAAAAGAUGAUGUUUGAUCAACGUCAAAAGAAAAUGGGUAAAAAAACAUCAGAAGAACUGAAAAAAGAUGAGAUAUUGAAGAAAUUUCAAGCCCAACAUCCCGAACUUGACUUGUCUAACGCCAAAAUCUCUUGA